AUUAUCAUAAACAUCCAACUUUUUUUCGGUUCUAUAAAAUAAAUAAACAAAUAAAAACAGUAAGUGUUGUUGUUGAAAGUUGAGAGUGAGAAUAAUGGUGGUCAAAGUAUAUGGUUCAUUGAGGUCGGCGUGUACACAGAGAGUGCUUGCUUGCUUUCACGAGAAGGGGAUUGAGUAUGAGAUUGUUCAUGUCGAUCUCCAAACUGCUCAGCACAAACAACCCCAAUUCCUGCUCUUACAGCCAUUUGGACAAGUUCCAGUUAUUGAAGAAGGAGAGUUUAGACUUUUCGAAUCAAGAGCAAUCAUACGGUACUACGCAGCCAAGUACGCCGAUCAUGGAGCCGACCUAUUGGGAGCCACAACAGAGGAGAGAGCCAUAGUGGACCAAUGGGUAGAAGUAGAAUCCAACAACUUCAAUGACAUAGUCUACACUCUGGUGCUGCAGAUCCUAAUCCUCCCAAGUAUGGGAAAGAAGGGAAACUUGGCUCUGGUACACGAUUGUGAGAAAAAGAUGGCGAAAGUUCUUGACGUGUAUGAGGAGAGAUUAGGUAAGAGCAAUUACCUUGGCGGUGACGCUUUCAGUCUAGCCGAUUUGAGCCAUCUUCCAGGGAUUAGAUAUUUAGUGAAUGAAGUUAACAUGGAACAUUUAGUGAGUGAGAGGAAGAAUGUGAAAGCUUGGUGGGAAAGUAUCUCCAACCGCCCUGCUUGGAAGAAAUUAAUCAACAUUAUCGAUCAUUGACUAUUUAUUAAUUAGCUGCCUCUCUAUGGAGGUGAAACUUUCCCAAUGUUGGUUAAAAUUUUAAAUAAUUUCAUCUAUCAUAUGUUUUUAUUUUUGUCAAAUCUUUUUUGUUUUAUGUUUGGAGAGAAAUAUGUCUAUGCAAAGUUUCCAUUUAGUAAGAUUAAUAAUAUUGUGUUUUUAUAAAA